UUCGCACGGUUUUAAUAUAAUAAUAUAUAAGCCGGUCUGGACUCCAGCUUAUUAUGAUUUUUACGUCACGCUGCGGAAAAACCAGCGAAGCUGCAGCAGCGGUUGAGGGGAGCUACUUCAUCGGACACCGACGACCGUUCUGGACGAGGCGAGUUCAAGUGUAGAUCGAUUGAAGACAAUUGUUCUCCGAUCAGUUCCAGAGACAGACAGACGGGAAGCUCUGGGCUGCUCCCGACUUGCUGUUCGGAUCACAGUCGGGCUUCUGGGGGGUCUCCUCCUCUCAAGACGUGUUCAGGCCAUGGCUGCGUGUUUAGCAUUUGUGCAAAAGAGCUGGGCGGCGACCAUUGCCAAGGGAGGACAUGAUUGCAACGUACUGUCUUCCUUGACAUUCAUCCAUGCCAGGCCGGGACAUUUGAGAGCAUCCUUGAAGAUUGAUCAAAUUCAUGUGAACAAUCAUAAUACCAUACAUGGAGGCGUCAUACUUGCGCUCACGGAUACACUGACGUCCCUCGCGAUAAGUACGAUGGGGUAUCAUCCUACAGGCGUAUCCGUCAAUGCCUCUACCGAAUUUGUCCGUCCAGGCGGAAGAUCAGGUGAUGAACUCAUCGGCGUAGGAGAGGUUGUCAAGCUGGGCAAGAGCCUCGCCUACACAAGAAUCACAUUUUACGAUCCGCAAGGUCGGGUGGUUGCCUUUGGAUCGCAUACAAAACAUUUGGGUGCGGCCACAGCUGUGGUCAAAUUCUCGUCGGAUGGGGAGCGAGAAGAGCCAGUCAGAAGCGCAAAGCUGUGAUCAAGGGACUUGGCUCGCUCCGACCGUGAUCUUUCUGGAGUUGGACUCGAUCGCACCCCACCACUCAACAUUUACUCACAGCCUUGAGGCUGGCCAAUGGUUGUAACGGAGACCGUAUCGUAUACCAUGAUAGGUAGUGCGAAUACGGUCAAUGUUUGCAGUCUUCACGAAUUCUCUUAUGCUCGUACCCCGUCAUGCUCUUAUGCAAUGCAGAGAUCCAUGCAAUGUACA